GGAGAGGAGAGAGAGGAAGAAAAAAAAAAGGGAUGUGUGUGAGUGUGUGGUGAUCGGUGCUGCAGGUACAGUUAGAGCCGGAGAUACAGCUUCAACAGCCGCACCGGACCGCGGCAAGACCGCCUCGGAGCCUGCCUCCUACUCUCUCUCCUCCUCGUUCCUUCCAUAACAAUCCUCCACGAUGUCCGGCGGAGGAGAGUUACGCGUCCUCCGCCAAGAGGCCGGGCAAGAGAGUCCGAGGAUGCCGGCCUGGAAGCGAGAAAUCCUGGAGAGGAGGAAGGCAAAAGGCGGCGGCGGCGGGGCUGGGGGAGCCGGUGCUCCGGAGGCUAGCCCCGGGGGAGCAGGCCCGCAGCGUGCAAACGGCGAGGCAACGGGGAAUGUGAACGGCAGUAACAGCGGCGGCGGUGGUGGCGCGUCCGGGCGGAACUACACCAUCACCCCGGCCAGCCAACACUUCUCUCACAACAAAGAGCCCCAGGCGACGGCCGCGGCGACACCGAGGGAGGAGGACAGACACGAGAGCCUGGUGCUGCAGGAGAGCCUGGGGCCGCUGGAGGAGAACCCGUUCAUCAAGCUGGAGAAGGAGCGGAGGAGGCGGCAGGAGCGAGAAAACGCCGCCCGCCCGGUCCAGCACAUCCUAGAGCUGUACGGGAGCGUCCCCGGCAUACGGACUAUCCGAGCGGAGAACAUCAUCAUAAUCGAAUCGGAUCCGGAUUAUUUUCCGGAAGGUGAAGGGGUAAAAAGCGGAUGCCAGUGGCAACAAAACGGUGUGAGUAGUUACAGCUCUUUAAACGACCUUCUGGACCGCAGAGGGAGUGCUGUUACCGAGAUAAGAGCCAAGGAAGUGGUCAUUUAUGACACCACGUUAAGCAAGAGCGAGGAGAACCUGAGCACCCUGGGCCGUCCUGAUCUAGAGGCCCCCUAUGAUACAGGUGAGGGGCAAGGUAGGGUGAGCCGGAUCCUGCAGAAGUUUGACAGCAACUAUGGGAAGCUGCAAAAGAAGUCCCACAGCACAGAGAACCUCCUGGACCUGGAUUGUAGUGCCAGCAGCAGGCCAAGACUCUGGCCCAAAACGCAGCCAGAUCUGGUGCCAAAGCCGAGGCCGGGUCCACCGGUCAGCAGCCCGGGCAGUAGCCAGCCAUCUUCACCUGUCUUCCAGGGUCCCUGGUCUUCCAAACCAAAGCCACAGCCUGCCGUCUCUGGGCCGGGCAGCCCCCAGCGUUCACAGCCUGUGUCUUCCUUCCGUCAGCGCUUUGAGGAGAGUGGAGUCCACCACAGUGCAGCUGUCACCCUCAGAGAUGAGCCAGACAGGGGGGCAAACAAGCCCACCAGAGAGAGAGACUGGGAGGGCGCUGAGGUGCCCCCCAAACCUAAGGUGCCAUGCUCUCCGGAGACCCGUCGUGCCCGUGCCGAGGCCCCCUCAAGCCCCAUCUCAUCCAAGGUGACCCGCUCCUCACCCGAGUUUGAAAUCCGUCCCUCUCCAAAGCCAGACCUCAACCAGAUUCCUGAUGGAGACACCCAGGCACGGGCCCUUGCAAACCUGCGCCUCCAGUCCCGAAACUCCUUCAUGGUGAUCCCCAAGCGCAGUUUGGGUGCCUCAUCUGCUGCAAGCACCCCCCUGGUAACGCCUGGCCCCGUCAAGUCGUCCCCCUCCCACAGAGCGGCAGAGGUGCCCACACCUGGAGUGCCAACUUCCCCCACCCCUUUAAGGAGGAAAGAGGAGGAGAAGGAGGUGGAGAGGGUAGCAAGGCCAUCCAAACCUGAACCAUCUCCUCCUACUGUUGCCACAAGUCCUGCUCCUUCUCUGUCUGAACCUUUAUCUCCAUCCCCUGCUCCCACCACUCCACCUGCCCUGUCUUCACCCCCCUCUUCUCCAGCUACCCCAUCUUCACCUCCCUUCUCUCCCACCCACUCAGACUCUCCUCCAGAGCAACCUCCUGUGGAUCACCUGCCAGUAACGAACAUCGAUGACAUCGAGUUGGAGACCCCGCCCCAGCGUGUCCCUGUCCCCAGCCCCAUGGUGCAGAGGAGGAAGGGGAACACCUUCACUGUGGUGCCUAAACGUCGGGUGGAGCCCGAUGCCCAGCCGAGCUCACCUGAGCCUCAGCAGGAAGCCUCAAGCGAGGCCCCGCCAGGGUCCACGCCUCCGCAGGCCCCCUAUGCCCAUAUGGGUUCCCUACUGAAGAAACGGUACCCUGCUGUGGAGGAGAUUGAAGUCAUCGGUGGGUACCUCUCCCUUGCAAAGUCCUGCCUCUCCAAGACGGGCUCCAUGGGCAAGAAGCUGAAGAUCUCCUUCAACGAGUCCAGCCUCCAGAGUACGUACGAGUAUCCGUCGGAGAGCAGCGUGUGGGACAGCGGGGAGGAGGACGAGGAGGAGAAACAAGAUGAGAAUCCGGUGGACGAACAGCCAAGCAUGGUGGGACGCAUCCACAUCCCGCGAGCCAGUUUGACGGGCUCGCCAGCUCGCGCCACCAACAGCAACGAUCUUUCCAGCUACAUUCCCAAGCACUCGGUAGACUUCAGCACCUGGCAGGAGCACAAACACGAUGAUGCCGUUAACCAGGAGGACGCCACCGCCCAGCAGACACAGAUCACUGAGGAGGUCAUGCUCACGCCGGCGGACAGCUCCUCCCUCUCCGACUACAGCAGCGAGCCUGCUCUUUACUUCUGAUCUGCCCGACCAAUCAGCUGUACAAUAGCGUCACAGCAACUCACCUGUGGGACCAGACUGCCUCCACCUCAACGCUCCAGCCGACUAUAAGCACAUCUUCCUGAGCAGACAGGAAACAUGGGUGUUUAAUUUGUUUGUUGUUUUGGGCUGAUUUCCUGCCACGGCACCUCCACGCACCACAUUAUCAGCUGCAUAUCAGAGCUGCCGGGUGGCUGGCAUGGCGUUCAACUCCUACCUUCUUUCUGAAGCUGAAGCAACAAAAUCCUAACAAGAAAAAGCAGCUGGGCUGUCUUUCUCAACCCCGUGAUCCUCUGAUGGACAGUUGAUCUGUCAGCGUCCAGAAUCCUCCUCCUUGUCACGCUGUUAGAAGUUUUUGCUGCUUUCGAGGUUCAAAUUUUGCUUCAGGUUUUAUUUUAUUUUAUUUUUUUUUUUUGGAGGAUGUUGAGGAGGGAAGGAGCCGCCAUAGUUCAGUGUUAUCAUGGAAACGUGUCAUUACAGUAGAUUGGCGGCAGAUUUAAGCAUAAAAAUGGUGAAAGGGUGCCACAAAAUCUUUUUUUUUUUGCUUUUUAUAUCUGCAUGUUUUGAUUUGAAGCCAGCGCCUGUUGGUUCUGUCUUACUGUAAAGCUUCUGUAGGCCUUUGUUUUUAGUUUUUUGUAUGUUUUCUGGCAGACUGUGCUGUAUCGAUCGAAGCUGCUGGACUCUUUUUUUUUUUUUCUUUUUUUUUUUUGGCAGGUAAACUUCAACACACUUCCCUUCUUGUGAUGAGGGAGGAAACAUAUGCAGCCCCUCCCAGGAUCAGUAGCAACUCUCAUUUCUUAUUUAAUGCUUGAUAAAGUGACCUUGGCCAAUAAUGUCUGUACGUCCGAAUUGCUGGUGAAAAAACAAAAUCGCGUGUCUGUAUAUCCGCUCUGGAAAGCUGGUAGACCUCCCGACACCUUUCUCCGGCUCCUCGUGUAUUUAUUCCUGCUUAACGUUGAAGUUUGCAUGUCUGAAACCUGCUUGGGUUUUUGUUUUUUUUGUACAGACGUUUACCGGUGAGGGCUCGCGAACAUCCCCGCCGGACCAGUCGGACCUCAUGUACUUUCACAUUCCACAGAGAAAGAGGGUGGUCCAUUUCUGAAGGCAACAGUGAUUGUGAUCAUGCAUUAAAAGAAAAAAAGGUGUGUUUUGUGAGAAAGAAUGCAAGUUUAUGUGUGGGAUUUCCUUUUUUUUUUAUUCAGAUUUUUUUAUACGCUCAUAAUGCCAACUGAUUAAAGAGUUGCUGAAAAGGCCUCGCAUCCACUCUUCGGCCAGUAUUGUUGUACAGUUUUCACGAGGAAUCCUCUCUUCCUCCCGUCAUGUCGUAUAUUUUUUUAUGUCUUUUUUCCAAUCAGAUGCAAUUUGUUUGGUCCUCGUUUUGGAUUUUUGCCGUCAGGAGCUUCGUCUUUCUGUCCGAUGGCUUUAGGAGUCAUUUGUGUCAUCGGGAGUCUUGGAUGUUAAUUGUCUUGGCACUGUCAUGCUUUUUAGCUUUGUUUUGCACCUCAUGAAGAAGUGAGAGUGGGUGAUAGAGGAAAUGUGCACUUAAAAGAACGAGAAGCCUACAGAUCGGUGGCAAAUUAGAGGAGAUGUCUCAGUGAGGUGCUUCCAGAACCGUUCCUCCAAAACAUGAUGAUGAUGUCAAGCAUGUUGGAGGCUGUAGCAUUUCAUUCUUAAUGAUGUCAUCCUCAUUAAACCAUUCAGUGACACCCCCUGUGUCCUUUCGAGGGGGGAGGGCAUUGUCAUCUAGGAUGAGACCACUUCUAUCAACCAUGCCAGCAAAAUGCCCCCUGAGGGCUUAAAAAAAAAAGGGUAAAGGAUUCAGACUUUUAAUUUGCCACCAAUCUGAAUUUGGUUGAAAAGUUUUGUUUCAAAAAUAAAAGCCUGUUGUAAAACUAAUAAGUCAACGUUUAAGUUGGUUUUGAUCAGCUGUGUCAGCAGAUUAGGAGGCAUUUACUGAGGUCAGAGUUAUUCUGAAACAUGUUUCCUUGGAAGAAAAGGUGGAUAAAUGAGAUGAAGAACAUUUAAACACCUCCACGCUGAAUCUGAUUCCCUGGUUUCUCUUUUCAGUCGGCGUGAACGAGUAAAACUUUGAAAUGAAACUCUUCACGAUGAAUGCACUGCCGAUGAAUGCCAUGUCCGCGUCGUUUUCUUUUGCCACUUAAGUCUUACAGUUGUUUGGCCUUGUCACUGUGACCAAAAACAGCAGCCCGAAGUGCAGUUUCGCCACACAGGUCCACGGGGGCUUCGUCUUCAUCCGCCUCCAAAAAAUCCCUCCACCGCCAGUUUACUACAAUUUAAAUGCACUCAGCGUGACAGCUCAGCAACACUUCUGUUUUAGAAGUCUGAAUGUAUUAUUUUUAUUUUUUUUGGUUAAACCACUGCAGAUGUUCACUUGCUUCAAUACAUUUCCUGUGGUAUGAUCAUCAGCUUACCAGAAAACAUCACACUGAACACUGAAACACAAUUUCAGACAUACUCUUUGCUCGAAACCUCCUGCAGCAUGUUUUUUGGUUUUUUGAAGCACUGAUCACAGUUAAUACAGAAUUUCAGCUCAGUGUGUGACAUGACUGGAAAGUAAAAAGAAUCAUGAAAUCUCAGAAAAAACAAAAUGAGGACCACUAAACGAGGGGAGCUGACUAAAUAAUGCAGACUCUCUGUUCACUGUGGUGUUUACAGAGUGCGCUAUCAUACCACAAGAGAAAUGAAUGGAAACAAAUAGUUGCUCGAAACACAAAAGUCUUGGAUGUGUGUGUGUGUCCGAAAACACCAAAAAAGUGCUCGUGAUUUGUAGUCAUGGAGAUAAAUCCUCCAAACACAUUGAUGGUAUUUUUGAGCUUAAAGGGGAUCUGUUAUGCUCACUUCCAGCUCCAUAUUCUCAUUCUUGGACCCUACUAAAAUAGCUUUGCAUGAUAGAGAACUCAGCUUAAUCCUGAAUUAACUUGCACUGAGUUACGGUGUAGCCCCUCAGUCUGAAACAAGCCGUUUUAGCUCCAACUUACUUCUGAUUGGUUGCCCCUCACAUGCAAUAGCAGGUGGGUGGGACUUCGCUACCUGAGAUGACCAUAUUAGGGAUAUCCAUGCUUUCUGAUAUCAAAUGGGGCCAAAAGUCGGAGUUGAAGCUCAAAGUUUUGACUCUGAGUCUAUGACCUUAUUGUUUUUGAAAGUUGAUGCAGGGCAAGGAAAAGCAUAUUAGGUCCCCUUUAAACUGAGCCCAGAGAAAGCCCCGCUUGGACCUCCUGUGGAACCGUGGCUUAUGGUCACAUGACACGCCUGUGGAUCCAUCAACCUGUGGUAACUGCUGCCUUUGCUGACCAAAACCCCCCUCUGUGGGAAUCUCUGCUCUCUCUGUGAACUGAAGGACCAAACUGUGGGGAUACUUCACUCAUCUCGUCUUAAACGACACCAGCAAGAACUUUUCUGAUGGCCGGAGACGCAAGACUCAACUUUAGUGCUUCUGAAGUGUACACGCCAACUCUCGCUGCAGUGUCCCCCCACCCCCCCGUCUACGCCUGUUGCAAAGUGAGCAGUUUAUGUUGGUCACUCUGUAGCGACACUGUGGUAGAAAGCUUGCUCAUCUUUUACUUUCCCUCCUCCCUCUCGUCUGUAAAUCUACAUCGCAGCAGAUGUGCUUACUGUAAAGUUAUUGUCAACAAUUCGGGCAAGUUAAAAAAAAAGUGAUGUCAUACUUGUACAAA